UUUGCAAGUCAGAGAGAGAUCGCCUGGUAGCUAAGUAGUCCCAUCCACAGGCACCAGCAGCAGCUGAGGAUGUGUCUAGAGUAUUGUUAUGCAAGCGGGAAGAGAGCAGUCCCACUUUGAUCCAGGCAUCGGACAGAGGCUGAGAUGCUUCAGAGCUGGAAGCUGCUUCUUUGGUGUUCUGGGUAUUUGCAUACCGGACAGUAGACUUCCACAGGACUUUGAGCACAUGGGCUGCAACGAGGAUGGACUGAUGGAGGUCUGGAGAUAUUGCUCAUCACUCAGCAUCCACAUGUUCUGAGCUUGUUAGCAUCUCAUUAAGUUUUGUCAGCGUCAAUUAUAGAUCUCAGAGCAGUGACUGUCAACAACCAUGAGCAGCGGAGUGAAUAUCAAAGUCAUUUCUCGGAGGCAGAGUGACGCAGGUGUCAGCUCCAGUCUGCCGUCACCUCGAAGCACAAUGUCGGUCUCAAAGGCAGAGCCCAAAGAGCAAUAUAGUGGGCUCCCAAAUCCCACAAUGCAGUAUCAGCACAGCGCAAAACGACGGCCUACAUAUUCUUCAUUCUCUGGUUCUUCAGGAGCUGCAGAGUUGCUGAGAGGUGCCGCUUUAAAGAACAACCUGCUGCACCAAAAGACUAGCAUGUAUUCACAUAGAAGCUCAGCAGCUGCAGGGCGAGCUGAUGGAACCUGCUCAGCUUACAGCAGCCCUCAGAUACCAAAGAGGGAAGUUCCACGCUCGAAAGACACAUCAGACAUCCGCAGCGACACGAUAACCCAGAAAGCUUUGAGAGACCUUCAGUUAAGAAGAAACACUAACAAGAACUGGACCUUUGGAAAGUAUCGUCAGAGGAGUGUGGACAAUGCGCAAGAGGGUAACACUUUGCGACACCGCCCACCAAAUCCUCAGGUAGGCUACGGAAGAGGACGUCUUCUUUAUAGUAAAAAUGCAAAUGGGAAUGAGAUACCAGGAGUAUCUUCAGCAGGAAUAGAGAACUUCCAAAAAGAAGUGAGGAACAUCUCCAACUAUGACCUGGAAGCUUCUGACAGGGAGCUUUUCAACAAAUCAAAGUCUUCCCAUCAAACAUUCAACCUGCCACGCAGAGGGAGUGAGCCAGGAAAGGUCAACAUGGCUGCUGUUGCUCCAUUUAGAUUCAGGUUUAAGAUUCACGAGGAUACAGAUACCUCCCUGGAUGAUCUCAGUGACUGCUCCUCUGACUCCAUGGAGGUCUGUUGUGAUGAUCUAGACCCCGAGUCCCAGAGGAAGCGGACUGUGCAGAAUGUCCUUGACCUACGCCAGAAUUUAGAAGAUACAAUGACAAGUCUGCGGGGCUCCCAGAUGAGCCAUAGCUGUCUGGACAGCAGUAAUGUGGGCUAUGACAGCGAUGAAACCAAUGCUCGCAGCAUAUCCAGCCUAUCCAACCGCUCAUCACCUCUUUCCUGGCGCCACGGCCAGGCCAGCCCUCGUCUUCAAGCUGGCGAUGCCCCAUCCUCCACAGGUGGCGGAUACCAGGGAAGUAAGAGUGGUUCCCAGUACACAGCCCAUACAAUGCCUGCUCGCUGUUCCAGUCGACUCAGCAGCACGUCUCGUAUUGAGCUCAUAGAAAGCCUUGAUGUUGAUGAUCCCGAUCUCAAGUCUGGUUACCUGAGUGACACUGACCUUCUAGGGAAGAGCCUGCCAGAUGAUGAUGAUGACAACCUGGCUAACGGUUGGGACGAGAGCAGCUCCAUUAGCAGUGGACUCAGCGAUGGUGAUGGCGAUGGCUCGGAGAAUCUCAGUUCAGAGGAAUUCAACGCCAGCUCGUCUCUCAACUCCCUCCCAAACACACCCUUGGGAUCAAGGCGCAACUCCUCUGUUAUGCUCCGCACUGAUGCAGAGAAGCGCUCUCUGGUGGAAAGUGGACUUUCUUGGUACAGUGAGGAUGGCAAAAGCACCCAUAAGCUUGGUAGCUCCAGCUUUGACUCAGGAAGUCUCAAGACAGAGGCACCAAGCAAGUGGAGAAAGAAGCCUCCAAGUCUUAGUGAAGAUUUUGGCGGUAAAGGGGAACUGAAGAAGCCUCAAAGUUUGGGUCAACCAGGAAGUUUCAAGAAAAGCAGAAAUCCUCCUGUGGGUGUGACCUCCCCCAUCACCCAUACCUCCCAGAGUAUGCUCAAAGUCGCAGCACCAAAAAGUGAGAAGCCACUGGACAAAUCCAAGAUUUCCAUCAGAACUGCUGGUCUGCAGCGUUCCCGUUCAGAUGCUGGCAGAGAUCAUCAUGGAGAGCACCGCAAGCCCCCUUCAGGUCUAGUUAAACCCACUGCUGGAACCUCCUUUGGCUACAAGAGACCACCAACAGCAACUGGUACAGCAACCGUCAUGACAGCAGGGGGUGCCACCAUCUCUAGUGGCUCUGCUACUGUGGGAAAAACCCCCAAGUCAUCUGGCAUCCCUGUGAAACCUGUAGGAGGAGGAAUACCCUCGGGUAGAAAGAACAGUUUUGAUGCCAGCAGUGAGCAGAGCUUCCUGGGGCCAAACGCCCGAAACAGCAUUCAGUACCGCAGCCUGCCCCGACCGGCCAAAUCAAGCACACUUAGUGUGAUUGGGCGCCCCACAACUCGCCCUGUCAGCAGUACAAUUGACUCUAGUCUGCUGUCCUUGAAACCUGUACCCAUAACUUCUUCAGGCCCCAGGGUUAAAGAACCAAGUAGCUCCAGCAUUAAAAUAUCUAAUCGAACAAGUACUGGCCCAGUAAACCAGACAGACCGAGAGAAAGAAAAGGAAAGGGCCAAAGCUAAGGCUGUGGUUGCAGACAUCGACUGUGCUUCGCUAAAAGGAGAACACGCACCAUCCGAAUCAACAGGAGAGUCUUCCGUGAAACUCCAUGGCCUGAGACGAACUAGCAGCAGCAAAUACCCCGAACUGUCAUCACCCACCAUACCAAGGAUGCUGAACACUAAGUCUCUAGGUCGUCCUCCUAGCUUGGCUCACCUGGACAAGGUCAACUCAAACAGUCUUGACUCCUGUGUGACAAUACAGGACCUUCCACCCAAAGUGCCCCCAUACUCCAAGCUCCAAGACUUGGCUAGUUCCCACACGGCCACCCGCCUAACCCCUAGCCCAGCGCCAGUCCUUCAUAUUGAUUCACCCAGCCCUUACGCAAGUGAAAGCCUGAGUGGAUCGCCGAUACUCUACCCCAAACUGUCAGGCAUGCACCGCAGCUUGGAGUCCCUGCCCCUCCAGAUGAGUGUGCCUGCAAGUGCAAGGUUUGUUACAACAAACACCCGUGAUAAAGAAGAGAGGAGUACAGGAACCUGGGGGGCUGGGAGUAGGACGUCCCUCACCCUCUCAGACAGCUUGCAAACAGAUCGGAAUACCUUGCCAAAGAAAGGCUUAGAACGCUAUGGCUCAAACCUAUCAGAGAGUGAAGAAAGUAAGCCAGGAAGACGGCACUCCCACAACAUAGUCAGCAUGACAGAGAGUGAUAGUCCCCCUCAGUGGCCUUCUCCUACCCGCACCCUGCACCCAUUAUCCAAUAAGAUUCCUCUCACCAAUGUGGUUGCCCCAAUUUCCAAUGGCACCCCAAGGAUAUCGCGGUCCAACAGCAUAGGCCCCCCAAGUGAUUCUGCCUGCGAUCUCUAUGGAUCCUCCCCUCUGGGCAGCAGUAUGUCCCUGGUUGACCGUCCAAAAAGCAUGAUGCGGUCUGGGUCUUUCCGUGAACCAGGAGAGGAUGUGCAUGGCUCUGUGCUGUCUUUGGCAUCUAAUGCUUCAUCCAACCAUUCCUCAAAUGAGGAGAGGAUACAAGGGGAGCAAAUCCGCAAGUUGAGACGGGAGCUGGAAUCCUCCCAGGAAAAGGUUGCCAACUUAACCGUGCAGCUUUCUGCCAAUCUAGGCCAGGCUAAUCUGGUCGCAGCAUUUGAACAAAGUCUGGCCCUGAUGACAGCACGCCUGCAGACACUGUCUGUCUCCUCAGAUCAAAAGGACUCUGAGCUUACUGAAUUGAAGGACACCAUUGACAUUCUGAAGGCCAAAAAUACUGAAGCCCAGGAAAUCAUUCAGGGGGCCCUCAGUAAUCCUGAUGUCACACCCAAAGAGCUGCAGAUCAACCGCCAGAACUCCUCAGAAAGCCUCUCCAGUCUUACCAGCACCACCAGCCACUCGAGCAUGGGCAGCCUCAAGGAGCAGGAGGCCAAGAAGAAGAAGAAGAAGAGCUGGGUCUUUGAGUUACGCAGCUCAUUCAACAAGGCUUUUAGUAAGAAGGGCUCAAAGCCAACUGGGCCAUAUGCUGACAUUGAAGAAAUUGCCACCCCAGAAUCCUCAGCACCUUCCUCCCCCAAAAUCCACCAUGAUGGAGAUAACCCUCCGGUGUCAAUGAAAUCCUCAGCCUCAGCAUCAUCUUCAAGACUCUCUGAAGGGAGUGAGGCAGGUGAUGAUAAGGUUGUAACAGACCUGCGCACAGAACUGUGGGAGAAGGAGCGUAAACUGACAGACAUCCGCCUCGAGGCUCUGAGUUCAGCCCAUCAGCUGGAGCACCUGCAGGAGGCCAUGAACAACAUGCAGAGGACAAUCGAAAACCUGAAGGCUGAGAACGACCAUCUGAAGACAGGUACUUUGUCUCCCUGUCCAUCUCCUGGACCCUCCAGCUCUGUUUCCCAGUCCUCAGGUCUCACUGCUCUGGGAAGCUCAUCACCCCGACAGUCAGUAGCCAUGCACGUGCCUAAAAGCUACAGCAGAGGGCUGAGUGAGGGGAGCAGCUCAGACAUCCACACUGCAGAUUCUCUCAGCCUUUCCUCACAGAGAGAUGACCAUCGUGUCAGGGUCGUGGUUUGUGUUGCGGAUCUACGUGUCUUUAAAGAUGAGGUUAAACAGCAGGAUUUCUUUGUCGGCACUGUCAGAGUGAAUGGCAGGAUGGAUUGGGUGAUGCUUGACUCAGCUGUCAGUCAGGCUUUUAAGGUAUAUAUAGCCAAGGUGGACCCCACCUCCAGUCUGGGACUGUCUACAGAUUCCAUCUACAGUUACAGUAUGGGCCACAUUAAGAGAGUGCUGGGAGGAGAAGCUCCUGAGACACAACCCUCUCGCUGCAUGUCACGAGGCCCCAGUAGCAUCACAGUGGCACUGAAAGGUUUGAAGGAGAAGUGUGUGGACAGCCUGGUAUUUGAAACUCUCAUUCCCAAACCCAUGAUGCAGCACUACAUAAGUCUUCUACUCAAACAUCGUCGUCUGAUCUUGUCUGGGCCGAGUGGCACUGGGAAGACGUACCUCGCUUCCCGGCUGGCUGAGUACCUGGUGGACCGCAGUGCUCGCGAAGUCACAGAUGGCAUUGUGGUCACUUUUAACAUGCACCGCCAGUCAUGCAAGGAUCUGCAGCUUUAUCUUUCUAAUUUAGCGAAUCAAAUAGACCGGGAAAGCGCAACGGAAAUACCAUUGGUGGUUAUCCUGGAUGAUAUUCAUGAUCCUGCUUCCAUCAGUGAACUUGUCAAUGGUGCUCUAACCUGCAAAUAUCACAAAUGCCCUUACAUUGUUGGAACAAGCAAUCAGCCAGUGAAGAUGAUCGCAAACCAUGGCCUGCAUCUCAGCUUCAGGAUGGUGACCUUCUCCAAUAAUGUGGAGCCAGCCAAUGGCUUCCUUGUGCGAUACUUGCACAGGAAGUUGAUGGAGUCCGAAGAUGAGAGGAACUUGACCAAUGAGGAUCUAAUCAGGGUGUUAGACUGGGUUCCCAAACUGUGGUAUCAUUUGCACACCUUCCUAGAGAAGCACAGCACAUCGGAUUUCCUCAUAGGCCCUUGCUUUUUCUUAUCCUGUCCAGUCACAGUGGAUGAGUUUCGAUCAUGGUUCAUUGAUCUUUGGAACCACUCUAUCAUACCAUACCUGCAAGAAGGGGCCAAGGAUGGCAUCAAGGUCCAUGGCCAAAAGGCAGUAUGGGAGGACCCAGUGGAGUGGGUGAGGGGCACCCUGCCUUGGCCAUCUGCCCAGCAGGACCAGGCAAAAUUGUUCCACCUACCUCCUCCCAGCAUCGGCUCCAGCAGCCCCUGCCAGCCAAGUGAGGAGAGGCCUCACAAAGAGACUCCGCCCAGCUCCAUGGAAAAUGAUCCUCUGAUGGCAAUGCUUUUGAAACUUCAAGAGGCUGCCAAUUUCAUUGAAUCACCAGACAAAGAAGACCCUAGCCUGCCUAAACUUUGAAUACAAAGCUCACACCUAAACACUUAGCUCUCCAAUUUUUUUGUUUUUGCUUACUGUACUGCAGUGUAUGCAGUGCAUAUUCAGGAACAAAUGGACCCUCAGAAAUGGUUGUGGGGCUAUUAAAAACCAUCAUUCCUGCAGGA